AUGUGGCUGGUCGGUGUGGGCCUCGUGCUGGCUGGCCUUGUGGUGGGCACUUGCGGAAUGCAUUUGAUCCGCACAUCUGAGCUCAAGAACCAGUCAGGACACGUUACCGAAGGCAGAAUCUGCUUCGCUGCCGGCAUGUUUCUGAACAUGAUCCUCGGACCAGCUCUUGACGUAUCGGGCUAUGCCUUUGCGCCAGCCUCGGUCAUUGCACCGUUCACCGGCUUGAACAUCAUCAUCAGCGCGAUGAUUGCACCUCUCACACUCGGCGAAGAGCUGACGCACGGUCGUUACAUCGGAAUCCUCAUCAUUUUCGUCAGUGCAACUUUGUCGGUCUUCUUCAAGGACCCGCACACGGAGCAAUGGACACUGGAGCGAAGUCAGGAUGCCUUACUUCGAUCUCGCAGUCUUGCAUAUGUUCUAUUUUUCACGUUGUGGCUAAUUCUAAACGUGCGAGCGCUCGCACGCUGGCCGGACGGCUCCGUUGUCCGUCCCUCGGAGCGAUCUCUGGAUCGCUCGCAGGCAACAUGUGGUGCACCCGCAGCUUGGAGCCAAGUUAAGAAAGCAGAGCUCGUAGCCAUGGGACAAAAGGAGAGUGAUGAA